AUGCCACCCUUUAAUAUACAGCCACGGACGCUACAAUCAUCUGGCUCGUUUCUACGAGCUGGAUUCGCAACAUCAAAGUCCCGGUAUCGAGCGUUACCGCCUGGCCCUCGAGGCAGCGUCCGACGUCCGCCAAAACCAAUACCAAGACAGCCCCAGAGCUCAAGGCUUCCCCAGCAAGAACGCGGGCAGCGACAACAGGAAGCUCUUGAAAGCCAAGAGAGCUCGCCGGAAGCUCAAAAACCAAAGCAGUCGUCUGUCGACACAGUGUCCAAUGCACUACGAGAUCAAGACUCCCAAGCAAACAACCUCCUCUCUCCAGUCCACAUAUCCGAAGACCCAGAUGGCGUACUCAACGAGAGGCAUCCGGCUACGAGUAUAUUAUCAAAUUCGGCCAUAGUGGUGACGAGGCAGCUGGAGCUCAUGAACGUUAUGCUUGGAUUUGAGCAGGCCAAUAAAUAUGUCAUUAUGGAUCCAAAGGGAGGUCACAUUGGCUAUAUGGCGGAGAGAGAACUGGGUAUGGGAAACAUGAUGGCUAGGCAGAUGUUCUCAACGCAUAGGAGUUUCACGACGCAUGUGUUUGACAGGCACGGGAAGGAGGUCUUGAGGUUUCACAGGCCGUUUUCGUGGAUAUCGAGUCGAAUUGGCAUCUACGAUCCUGUAGAAGAGUCGAAUAGCUCGCCGUCAUCCUCAACAACGAUAGCAAACAUUGACCGGGGCUCUCUUACUACAGAGGUCAACCCCGACACAGCGCAGAUCUCGCGGCUGGCUUUAGAAGACAUGCGUAUCAUAGGAGAAGCGCAGCAACAGUGGGCGCCACUUCGGCGAAAGUACAAUCUGUUCGUUCACCGCCAAACCCAAGACUCUGGUGCCACAUCUGGCGCUCCUCAGUAUCCACCAGCAAAUCAGCCACUCUCAAACUCACAGCAAUUGGACUUGACACCGUACAACAACAAAGGCAAAUUGGAUAAGUUCGCCUACGUCGAUGAGCGGUUCCUCUCGUGGGAUUUCUCUCUCCUUUCAAACGAGGGCGGUCUCAUCGGCUCCGUGAACCGCAACUUCGCCGGCUUUGGCCGUGAAAUCUUUACCGAUACGGGAGUCUACGCUUUACGAAUGGACUCUGUGGGAUUAACACAGGAACCGACGCACCUUAUCUCACAAACUGGCCAGCAGUCGGUGGGGUUCCAAAACCCAAAUGAUUCUGGAAUGUCGCUCGACCAGCGGGCCGUCAUGCUUGCAACCGCUGUGAGUGUCGACUUUGACUAUUUCAGCCGGAAAAGCGGGCCUGGAGGUAUGGGCUUCAUGCCUCUCUGGUUCCCAGGCAUGGGUGGUGGUGGAGCUGCUGCGGAAGGUGCCGAAGCGGAAGCAGGUGCAAUAGAAGGAAGCGGCGAUGGUGCAGGCGGUAUCGCCAAAGGAGAUUCUGGUGAUUGGACCGAGGGCGCUGUAACAGGUGCUGGUACCAUGGCCGGGUAUGAAGCUAUGCAGAGAGGCACGGUUAGAGGUGGGGGUGAUGCUUCCCCGCAAGCCGGCCAACAGGAUCCCAAUCAACCCGGGUAUGGCCAGGAUCAACAGCAACAACCGGGCCAAGUCGGACAGGAUGAGGAUGUUUGGGGAAACAAUGAUGACCCUUGGGGCGGUCGCGGUGGAGGUGGAGGAGACGGCGGAGGAGAUGGUGGUGAUGGAGGCGGAGAUUUGGGAGACUUUGACUGGUUCUGA